AUGUUGGCUAACAACUUGGCUGCUAUCUCUGCAGCUGCACAAAAGAUCAGUGAUAUCUAUCUGGAACCUAAGCCCAAGAAAACGACGCCAGACGGCCACCAAGUGACAAGCGAGCACUUUGAGCCUGAGAAGCAUUUUUACCCCCGUGUCCUGAACGCACAAAUCCAUCCUAUGGUCGGGUACUUCUUCUCGUUAGGCAACGAGAGGAUCAUUGCAAGAUACAUGCACCUUAACCCUCUGGUCAACGAGGAUGUCCUACGAAAAUGUCUCAACUAUGUACCAAAACAUUUCCAGUGGGCAGGCAAAGGUUCUGAUCUGUUUAAUGUCACAACUGCGGAUGGCCACCGUCAAAUGAUUAUCGUGGAGACUAACUCGUGUCCUUCUGGCCAAAAAUCGAUGCCACUUUUAUCUGAAUCGGAUGUAUGUCUAGAGCAUGGAGGAUACCGUUUAGUGCUCGAGUCUGCGUUCAAGGACAUGAUUGAUACAGCAGACAAGUCCCUAGGAGGUUUAGCUGUUGUUUGUGACAAAAAUAUGAUGGAAGCUAGUGGAUAUGCUGGUACCUUGGCGGAAGUUAUGAAGGAAAAGGUCUGGCUCGUUGAAUUUUAUGAGAAUGACCAGGAUCCUCCAGUCAAGUGGGUUGACAGGGUGAUGCACAUUCGCGAUGAGAAAAAAGAAUGGCACUCAAUCAGAGCUUGCUUUAGAUAUGUCACUCAGAAGCCAUGGAACCGCUUUCCAUUGUACACAAAAACUGUAGUCAUGAACCAGACGGUCGCAUGUUUGGCUGGAGGCCGCAACAAGAUGAUGGCAGCUAAGGCAUACGAAUUCUUUAAUGCAGAGUUGGCCGAUUCGGGUUUGCACGUUCGCGUGCCAGAGACUAUUAAUAACGUUACUAAAAGCGAGAUUCCACUAUGGCUUGAUAGCAUGGGUGGCCAUGCUGUUGUCAAAGUGCCAUAUUCUAAUGCUGGUCAAGGAGUUUACACAAUUACAAACAAGAAAGAGCUCCAGGAAUUUAUGGAUACUCCUCAACAUUAUGACAAGUAUAUCGUCCAGUCUCUCGUUGGAAAUGCGUCUUGGUCUUCGAUCACCCGGCAUGGAAAGUUUUACCAUGUUGGAACAAUUCCCAACAAGAAAAAUAAUACAUUCGUGACAGAUAUUCGCAUGAUGGUUGCUGGCAACAAGCAAGGCUUCCGGCCCAUUUGUAUUUAUGCUCGUCGAGCACGUAAGCCUUUGAUCCGCCAUCUCGAAGAUGACCCUUCGACUACGUCAUGGGAGAUGCUAGGAACUAACUUGUCGGUCAAAUCGCCUUCUGGAGAAUGGAGCACGGAGGCUGCAAGACUGUUGUUGAUGGAUCGCAAGGACUUCAACCAACUCGGAUUAGGUGUUGAUGACAUGAUCGAUGCUUACAUACAGACAGUCCUGUCAGUCAUUGCAAUCGAUAAGAUGUGCCAACGGUUGAUGAAAAGCAACCAGGAUGGAUCAGGACAAGCUUUUGAUAUAGAGUUGUUCAAGGCUUUGAAUCCUGACUCUGUCCUUUGGCAUGAGAUUCUGCUGUAG